AGCAUCCACACGACCCGGGGAUUCGGCGGAUACAGAAUGUCCACGUGCAUGCCCGGAUCUUCGUUGCGAUUCCUCGGACCUUCCGUCAAGAUCGCAAUUCCGUUGUCGAUACUCUGGGGAACGGCUUGCUCUUUCCUCGCCGCUCUGAUCGUCCAGUCGACGAGGACGUUGAGCGCUCGCCGAAUCCUCGACGAUCAGAAGGAAGAUCUGACUGUGUUGGCUUCUAUAGAGCUGUGCUUGGCGCUGAUCACCUUGUCCAUUGUCGUCGUCUUGAUGCGGAUUGAUUGCAGAUACGACCCCGACUGACCCGGACCCCCGGCCGGUGGAGGCGGCCACGGCACCGGCAUCGGCGUAAGCGUCGUUGGGGGUAUCGGAGGAUUCUCCGUUCCCGCUGCUCCCAACAACGAGAGGGUCAGCAAAGUAGCGUGGAUGGUGUAGAAAGUGUCGAAGAGAUCGGAAAGGGAUGAACGUCCUCCUGUCGUCAGACCCUUUCGAUAUCCGUAAUAGCAUCGAUUCCCUUCGCCGUUGCCAUCAUCCGCACUUUAAAAAUAGGAAAUUGGAAACUAAACUUCUCGAAGCGCAACAACUAUAUCUCUUCGCGUUAUGUACAGAGCGUCUCACUUUAUCAACUCGAGUCACAAGAUAUAGUGCACUCUGCUGAAAGCAUCUUAACUAACUUUUAUACUGCAUACAUUUAGAACAAAUCUAUAAAUUCAUUAUAUAAAACAACAAAAUCUCCAUUACAUUCAAGCUACAAUUAUAACAAAACAAGAAAAGUAAUAAUUUUCAACUUUCAGCUAUUCAAUUCACACUAACAAUGACUAUAAUUUAAAAAACUAAACUCUUUUCUUUUGGUAAAGAAAUCUUUAAUAUAAAUGUAAUUUGUAACGUAAUUAUUAUAUUUUCUACACGAUUUGAAUUCGAUUGCUUGCGCAAAUUGUGCGAAUCGGUCAGAAGCAAUCGUUUUCGCGAAACAAGUUUAAGAACUUCUUUAAAGUUUGCUACAAGAAACUCACAACAAAAACUAUUCACGGAUUCGUAAAUUUGUUGGAUUCAAUAAAAAUUCAACG